CGAACUGCCUGAAGACGAUCGUUUCCCUUGCAUCCUCAUCUGUUCCCGUACGAUCCUCAUCUUGGCAAACUCCUACAUCACGGCUUGUUUAUUAUCCUCCGUUACGAAGCUACAGAGAUCCUACCACUAAGAGCACAGUCUACGGCGAUCUCCAGUAUCGCACUCAGGCGACUAAAAGUGGUCCGACGGCACUGAACUUUGCGGCAAGCGCUUGCAUUGUAGACAUGGCAGCGGCAUCCGCAGACAUAACAUCCACCACGCCUUAUGCUGCCUCUAUCAUAUUCGCCACGGCGAGUCUACUCGUUACACUGCUCAUCAUCCCGCCAAUGUGCUGGCACUACCGCAACCGCAACAUUGGAGCUACCCUACUCGUUGGUUGGACCGUGGCGAUGAACUUCUUAGCCUUCCUCAACGCGCUCAUCUGGUCGAACGAUAUCAUCCCGAGCUGGUACGAUGGGGUGGGGCUGUGCGAUGUCGAGGUCAAGGCCCAGAUGGCAUGGGGCGUUGCUGCUCCGGCAGCGUUGGCGAGCGUGCUCCGCGCCUUGGCCAACGCUAUGGACACGAAUCGAGCCACGCUCGUCAAGUCCAAGGCGCAGAAGAAGAGGGAUCUGGCGAUCGACCUUACGCUAUGCAUUGGCUUUCCGGCGCUGCAGAUGCUGUUCCAUUACAUCGUGCAGUCCUCACGCUACUACAUCCUCGGAAUCAUUGGCUGUGUGGCAUCUGUCAGCCAAACGUGGCUUACGACCUUACUCAUGCACAUCCCGCCGAUUAUCUGGACGGUCGUCGAUGUGUACUUCGCAAUCGUCAUUAUGCUCCGCCUCUGCCGAUACCGCCUAUCCUUCGCUGCUAUCUUGGACAAUAGCAAUAUGACCAAAUACCGCUUCCUGCGCCUAUACAUCUUCUGCAUCGUCCUGAUCAUAGCGUUCGUGCCGAUCCAGACCUUCGUGCUCUACCAGAACCUGAUUCAGGACUACCAACCUUUCAAAUGGCACAACGUUCACAAUCCGACCACCUGGAACACCGUCAUCAUGAUUCCCAGCAACGGCCAUAUUCUGUACGAAGGCUACCUUUGGCUGGGUGCAGGCAUCGUCAUAUUCAUCUUCUUCGGCCUUGGCAAGGAUGCUGUGGCCAUGUAUCGCUCAGGCUUGCUUGCUGCGGGCUUUGGCCGAGUCUUCCCAAGUCUGCAGCCGGGUCACAGCGGACGGAGUUCUGUCGCGGGGACGAUCAGCUCGUUCGGCAGCAAGGCGAGGUUGCUGUUCAGUCGUGGAGCAUCGAUCCCAUCAUUCCACAAGGCCUCGUACACGUCACAAUCGACAAUAUCCGAACCCGAGGUUCCGCAAUCGCCGAAGACGGUGCGGCGGCCACAGUCCACGGCUUCAGCAAAAGCUGCAACAGAGACAACAGCCCAUGAGGAUUUGGAGAGGGCUCAGCCGGGUCGGUUGACAUCGUCACUAAUAGAUCGGAUAUCGAUGUGGUUCAGAACGACGAAGUCGACUGAGGCAGACCUACCGCUAGCUCCCAUGCGCGAGGGACGUUCACCAUCCAGUCGGAACUCGACAGGUGUCAGGUCCACAGUGAAAGGUCGUCGCAAUGGUGUGGAGAUCGUGGUGAGCAAGGAAGUGAGGCAGGCAAGUGAGACUGCGGAGACGCUGCCGUCGACGACCUUCGGACAGGCUUGAGCAGCACGGUCAGCGUUCCAUCUUUGCUUCCUGGUCUGGCGGCUUUGACCGUAAUGCAGUAUUGCACUAGCCUGGCUGUGUAUAGUCAGAGGCA